AAGGAUAGAAGGCAGAAAUUGACUGCGUGGACUCUGGCAGCACUGCUGACCCAGCAGCUACUCGGGAGAGCAGAAUCCCUCUACAACUCUCGGCACCUCCUCCUGAGACAGAUGGCCAUGGCCAAGAAGAGGAUUGCAGUCAUCGGCGGUGGAUCCAGUGGACUGUGCACCAUUAAAUGCUGUUUGGAUGAUGGGCUGGAGCCCACUUGCUUCGAGAGAAGUGAAGAUAUUGGGGGGCUCUGGAGGUUCAAGGAGAAUCCCGAAGAGGGCAGAGCCAGCAUCUACAAAUCUGUCAUCAUCAACACCUCCAAGGAGAUGAUGUGCUUCAGUGACUUCCCCAUCCCGGAUGAUUUCCCCAACUACAUGCACCACUCCAAAAUCAUGAAGUAUUUCCGCAUGUAUGCCGACCACUUCGACCUUCUGAAAUACAUUCGCUUCAAGACCACUGUGGUCAGUGUGACAAAGCGCCCGGAUUUCUCCUCCACGGGCCAAUGGGAUGUUGUCACGGAGUCCGAGGGGAAGCAGGAGUCGGCCGUCUUCGAUGGGAUCAUGGUGUGCAGUGGCCAUCACACCAACGCCCAUCUGCCACUGGACUCCUUCCCAGGGAUUGAAAAGUUCAAAGGCCGCUACGCCCACAGCCGGGAUUACAAGAACCCUCAGGAGUUCUCGGGGAAGAGAGUCAUUGUGAUCGGCAUUGGCAAUUCGGGAGGGGACCUGGCCGUGGAGCUCAGCCAUGAAGCUGAUCAGGUCUUCCUCAGCACCAGGCGUGGGGCGUGGGUGCUGAAUCGUGUUGCGGAGCAAGGGUACCCUGUGGACAUAGUGCUCUCCACCAGGUUUAAAGCCUUUUUCAAGAGGAUGUUGACUACAUCCAUGGUUAACCAAUGGGCGGAGAACAGAGCAAAUGCAAGAUUCAACCACGCACACUACGGUCUAAGGCCUCAGCACAGGAUUAUGAGCCAGCACCCAACCAUCAACGAUGACCUGCCAAACCGCAUCAUCUCUGGCAAAGUGCUGGUGAAACCGAACAUCAGGGAGUUCACUGAAACCGGCGCCAUCUUCGAAGACGGCACCAGAGAGGAGAACAUUGAUGCAGUUUUCUUCGCUACAGGAUACAGCUUCUCUUUCCCCUUCCUCCAGGAUUGUGUCAAAGUGGUCGAAAACCAGGUCUCCCUAUAUAAAUUCAUCUUCCCUCCUCACCUGGAGAAGCCAACUCUGGCUUUCAUUGGCCUCAUCCAGCCACUGGGGGCCAUCAUGCCCCUUGCAGAACUCCAGAGUCGCUUGGCCACACAAGUGUUCAAGGGGCAGAUCAGGUUGCCCACAGCGAGCGACAUGAUGGCCAAUAUUACACAGAAGAAAGACGAAAUGUCAAAACGGUAUGUGAAAAGCCCGCGCCACACUAUCCAAGUGGAUUAUGUCGAAUACAUGGAUGAACUUGCCUGCCUGGUAGGAGUCAAGCCCAACCUGCUGUCUCUCUUCCUCAUGGAUCCAAAGCUCGCCAUGGAGGUUUUCUUUGGCCCCUGCACGCCGUACCAAUACCGCCUGAGAGGGCCAGGGAAGUGGGAUGGAGCCAGGAAAGCCAUCCUGACUCAGAGAGAGCGGAUCAUUAAACCUUUGAAAACCAGGGCAGUAGAAGAUUAUACUCACCACACCUCAAUGCCCUAUUUGUUUAAGAUAGUUGGUGCCGUUGCUCUCUUUGCUAUAAUUUUUGCUUACUUUUAAAUGCUUGUUCUCUGCAUAGAGAAAGGAGAUUAAGUAAAAUGUGAUUAUCUGAU